ACUUAACAGGGUACUUCAGGCCGAUCGGAACACACCCUUAGAGAGCAGGAACAUGAUUAGGAGCAUGAAGAUAUGUGGUUAAAUGACCUGUAUAGUAUUUUCAGAGUGGAACCAAUGUUCUCCAGUCAAGGGGGGAGUCAGGGUUUAAUUGUGUGCAACACUGUAAGCUUGUCGAUGUGAGAGUUGUUUUUGUGUUCGGCAAACAGCAAUAUUUUGAGCAAUAUUGUUGUGUAGAAAUCUUUUCCGAGAGACAUGUAUGGAGUGAAACCCUGUUAAGAUUUAGUUAAUUUUCUCCCUUCGAGUUAUUGCGGCCAAUGAGCAUGUUGAAGGUGUGAACGUGCCAUAAAUGCCAGUGACCAAAAAGAGACUCCCUGUGUCCGUGAUUUAACUAAUUGGAGCUACACUAUCAACCAUGAAGAUUUCCCAUGAAUUAAGCCUUAAGAUCAGGUCUCUGUGGAGAACAGGACACCAUUUCUCUGACAUCAAGACAUUCUUGUCACAGUCAGGUAUUCAUGUCUCUGAUGACACGGUCAGACGACAUUGUCGUUCUCGUCGUUUGACUCCUCCAAUCAAAGCACCAACUGUAUCGAAAGUGACCAGUUCUGUUCUUCAAUGUCUUGAUGAAAUGCUGCAUGAGGAUGUUAAACGGACUGCUAAACAGAUUCAGAAAGAGCUCCAGAACCGACUGCAAUUGAAAAUAUCAAUUAGCACAGUUAGAAGGUCCAUAAAGAAACUUCGCAAAUCCAGAGGAGGAGUUAAAGACAAAAGACAGACUGCAGAGGAGUUGAGGCCUGAGCUGUUGAAGCGUAGCGUAGAGAUUCAGAGGCUGAAACAGCAGCUGCGUGUUUGCAAGGUGGCACAUGUUAAAGAGAUGGACGCCCUUAAGUGUGAGUUGCAUGUCUGCAAAGAGGCAACUGCAGUUGCCAAGGCAGCAUUUGUUGAUCUGCAAGCCACCCACAAAGGAUUCAUUGAGACCCACUCCGCUGUUAUGACCCAACUAAGAGAGGUGCAGACAGUGGUGACAGGAGCUCUUUUAAACUGUGCACACACCCUAACCUCAGACUGUUCUUCUCCAACCAGGUGUACUGCUAGUGGUGAUGCAGAGAGAACUGAAAUAAUGUCUUCUCCCACAACAUCCAUUACAAGCUGCCAUCCCGAACUUCAGUUUAUUCCUCCCACUACUGAGCUUCUUGAGUCGCUUAUGAUUCAGAGUCAAGGGCGGCCGGAUCGGCUUGGUUGCUUGCUGUUCCGCACUGUGGUACCGCAGGCCGUCUAUAAAGAAUGGACAUCCACAACAAACUGGGAUGGUUCCAAACGCAAACUUGGACUGCCCCCAAACUUAAAGAACUUUUUAAUGGAGACAGUUGCCCAGAAGUUUCCCUUCUUGACUAGCGGUGACAUCAGGCGGAUCAAGGACAGAGUGAAUGAAUUUUUACGCUCACCGAGGUCUACUGUUACACAUCGAUGUUUACAAGAUUAAAUUUUUUAUUUAAUUAAAGUUUGUCUCAAUUUUUUUUGUUGUUUGUUUUUAAAACUUUUUCUAUAAAAAAAACUUUUAUCAUUUGUAGUUUAAUAUUUAAAACAUUUGUUUUAUUGUUAGUUAUUUUUAUAUAAUAUAAU